AAGCCUUGCCAUUCAAGCUCAGGAGAACAAACAUAAGGCAAAGUAGAGUUGGCAGCUUAUUACACAAGUGUAAUAGCAUUUGCCCGCCUCCUACUUUCCCAAAAAAAAAAUAAAAAAAAAUCCGACCAAUAACAUCUCGACAAAUGGCACCAGUCGUACCGGCAGAAGUUUUCUCCAGCGCCGGGAAAAUCCCAGCCAACGAUUCGAAAAAGGGGUACGUAACAUUCUUGGCUGGCUCGGGUGACUAUUGGAAAGGAGUGGUGGGAUUGGCCAAGGGUUUGAGGAAGGUGAAAAGUGCUUACCCUCUCGUGGUGGCUAUCUUGCCGGAUGUUCCGGAAGACCACCGCGAGAUUCUCCGGUCACAGGGUUGCAUUGUCAAGGAGAUUGUCCCUAUCUACCCACCGGACAACCAGAUUCAGUUCGCCAUGGCUUACUACGUCAUCAACUACUCCAAGCUUCGCAUAUGGGACUUUGAGGAGUACAGCAAGAUGGUGUACCUCGAUGCGGACAUACAAGUUUACGAGAACAUUGACCACCUACUCGACACACCAAACGGAUACUUCUACGCAGUGAUGGACUGCUUCUGCGAGAAAACAUGGAGCCACUCUAAGCAGUACUCGAUUGGCUACUGCCAGCAGUGCCCCAAUAAGGUGACGUGGCCCGCUGGUAUGGGGGCCCCACCUCCACUGUACUUCAACGCUGGGAUGUUUGUCUACGAGCCUAACAAAACCACUUACGAGAACCUUCUAGAAACUCUCAAAAUCACUACACCCACACCCUUUGCUGAGCAGGAUUUCUUGAAUAUGUUCUUCGAGAAAACUUACAAACCGAUUCCUCUGAUCUACAACCUCGUUCUUGCUAUGCUGUGGCGCCACCCCGAAAAUGUCGAGCUUGAGAAAGUUCAAGUCGUUCACUACUGCGCUGCUGGAUCGAAGCCAUGGAGGUACACUGGAGAAGAAGCUAACAUGGACAGAGAAGACAUCAAAAUGCUUGUGAAGAAAUGGUGGGAUGUUUACGACGAUGCUUCACUCGAUUUCAAGGCUGAAGAUUCUGUUGCAGGCUCAAGGCCAUCAAUCAUGGCUUCCAUGCCUGAACCCGCAGUUUCAUACAUCCCUGCCCCUUCUGCUGCUUAAGCAGAAGAAAAACAAAACACUGAAGCCACGGAGUUCUUAUGCGAAUUCGGUGCAACUCGGUUUUUAUCCUAUUGACUACUUUCUUUUUCAUUUUGAUUUGGUAGGCUACUUGGCCUAUGUUUUUGGUGUGUGACUGAACAAUAAUCGUAAGUUUGGGUUUUCGGUUUGAUUUUCGCAGUAUGUACUAAGCAGUAAAGGAAUAUGUAAUUGUUUCUACUGCAGUUAUUAUAAAAAUGGUUCUUAUAUUAUUAUAUA